GCACGACAUGACUCAGGCCCUCCAUACACCCUCCCACCCCUCCUCCCUCAGCACCACCAUGUAGACCAUUACUAACAGCUCUGCGCAAGCAGACGCACUCCAACAUCUACCAUGGCCAUUCCGCCAGACCCGAGCACCUUCGACAUAGCCGGAACUUAUCAUCAACUCCUCACCUCCGACCCCGAUCUAACCAUGCCCGUGGCAGCAAUUGAAUCCCUCAUCCACGCACUCUCCGCCCAAAACCCCACCACCGUCUCCGAAACCCUCGACCUCGUCCAGAAGUUAACCACCCAACUCAAAUCCUCGGUCCGGAACCCGAUCUCACUCUCCGCGGGAACGGAUCUCUUCCAGCAAUACCUUGUCGCAAACCUUCAGCGACCUACAAGCAUCACGCGAGGACGGGACAUAGAUUUCGAGGAUGUACGGAGACAUCUCGUACAGAAUGGCCGCUUGUUCGUGCGCCGAGCGAAAGAAGCCCGCGAGACGAUCGCGCGAUUCGGGACGAGGUUCGUCCGGGACAGCGACGUCGUGCUCACGACGGGCGGGAGUAGAGUCGUCGGUGCUUUGCUCCGGCAAGCAGCAGAGGCCGGCGUCCGUUUUCGGGUUAUAUACGUCGUCUCUACACAAAAUGACAAUGGAGAAGGACAUCCCCACAUCUCCACCCUUCGCAAACUAGGCAUCCCCGUCGCCACCAUUCCCCCCACGGCCAUGGCCUACAGCAUGAACGCCGUCACGCAGACCUUUGUCGGUGCCGAGGGCGUAGUGGAGAAUGGCGGGAUCGUGAGUCGCUUGGGGACGUAUCAGCUGGCGAUUCUGGCGAAGAAUGCGGGAAAGCCGGUGUACGUUGUUGCGGAGAGUCAUAAAUUUGUGCGGUUGUUUCCGUUGGGGCAGUGGGACCUGGGGAUCAAGCAGGAUAUACUUCAAUUCAGCACGGGUGGGGAGGGUGCCGGGAAGGAGGGAGGAAAGGAGGAAGACGAGGGGGUGGCGGAUUUGGAAGGGAAGGACGGGGAGGAGGUGUGGGUGGAUUAUACGCCGCCGCAUUUGAUUUCGGGGAUUAUUACGGAGAGUGGCGUGUUACUGCCAAGUGCGGUUAGUGAGGAGUUGAUCAAGAUAUGGUUCUAGAGGAUGUCGGAGUGAACGACGUAUGGCAAGUGCAUAGCGACGGCGUUCACCCCACCCAAACGUGCGGGUUUGCCGUCAAGGAUGGUAGCGCGACGAAAGCGCUGUUUCGGGGAAGGACAGAGACCGCUUGACGCUCUGCUGUAGCCCGUCCGAACAAAGCAGACGAUUCGCAAUCUUUGGACUUAUUAUAACGUUUCACAGCAGUUAC